AAUUAUGAUACAGCCGCGACUGAUGUGGACCCUGGCCCACAAACGCUGGGCCUGCUGCCAACGCCUCUGCUCCUGCACAUUGCCAGCCUCGUGUCGCCCAACGAAGUCGCAACAUGUCUACGACUUGUUUGCAGUAUGACGGCGUCAGUGCUGAGCUUGCCGCAGCACAAGCAGGUCCGGCUGGCGCAGGCCUUGCUGCCGCACGCGCUAGUCGACCGCUGGGGACGGGACCCCUGCGCUAUGAAGGGCCUGCGCCGCGACCAGCGCACGCAGCUGCUCUGUUGCGCGGCUCGCAUUGGAAGCAUCAAAGCCGUAGCGGCUCUGUCGGCGGUGGAUGGUCGGCCGCUGCAGUACCCGGUACUUGCAAGCGCGCCGCUCACGGCGGCAGCGGGUGCGCGGCAGCUGGCCAUGUGCCGGUGGCUGCGCGAGCAGGGCAGUGAGCCGGACGAGCGGCCUGUGCUGGCCGCGGCAGCGGCCGGCGACGUGGACGUUUUGAGCUGGACCAUGGAGGAGGCAUUUAGCUGCGGACGCCUGGACGUCGCCUGGACCACGCCACGCGCGCGGCGGGCUGCGGCGCGUGCCGGGCACCAGGCGGCGCUGCAGUGGCUGGCCGGCCCGAAGUGCUGUGGCAGCAGCAGCGGUGCCUCCCUCGAUAACGUCCUGCUCUCAAGUGAAGGCACCGACCUGGCAGCCGCAGCAUGCGAGGGCGGCCAUAAGGCGAUGAUGGGCUGGCUGCUCGGCGAGCUGGCCAGGGUGCGGGGCAGCCGGGAGGCGCGGGCUGGCGGCGGUGUGAUGCCGUACGUGCCGGAGCUGCAAGUGGUGGUGGCUGCGUUCAAGGGCUGCAGCCUGAGCACCUGCCAGAGGCUACUUGCAGAGCACCUUGGUGCCGCCGCUUCAGGACCCGGCGUGCAGCAACCACCGCCGCAGCCGCAGCCGCAGCAGCAGCCUGGUGGCGGCGCCGACGAUGCCGGCAACGCGGCGGUGGCGGCAGCGCUGCCGCGCGUGUUUGACGACGCGGCGGGCCUGGAGCUGCUGUACGCCGCGUUGGCCAGCACAAGCACCCAUCCCGUCGACAGCUACCUUGCCAAGACGGAGUGGCUGCUGGCGGCGCACCCGCAGCUGGCUGCCCUGGACUUCACGGGCGUUGCCGUUGGGGAGGACGUGCUGGAUGCCGCAGAGGACGCGUCGGGGCGGCUGGCGUGGAUGCACGCGCGCGGUCUGGGCAAGCUGGACGCCUCGGGGCGCUUCCUGCCGGCCACCGUGGCUCUGGUGCGCGAGUGCGCGCGCCGGCGCCACCUGGUGGCCUUCCUGCGGCUGCUGGUGGGCUCGAUGGGGCCCGAGGGCGUGGCACGCGUUCGGCAGGAGACUGCGGAGGACCCGCCCGUGGCCACCUGCGCUGAGGCGGUGCAGCUAAUGCAGGAGGCGGGGCUGCUGCCGCAGACCCCCACGCAGUGGCAGCUGCGGGCCGCGGCGAGUGCUGGCGAUGUCGCGUUCCUUGCGUGGCUGCUCGAUCGCAAGCCACAGACGACGCGACGCGGCCGCAGUGACCGCGGUGGUCCCACGGCUAUGGUGCUGGCAGCGGCGGCGGGCUGCGGCGGCGGGGCUUCGGCGGCGAUUGAGGCAGUGGCGUGGCUCCGGAGCAGGGGCUGCCCGUGGGACGGCACGGCGUUAUGUGCUGCGGUGGAGGUGGGCGAGGCAGAUCGCAUUGAGUGGAUGGCCGCACAGGGCUGCCCAGUCGAGGCUCCAGCCGACACCACCGAGCCGUUCCUUGUGGCGUCUCUGGCCGCGGAUGUAGCAAUGAUCCGGGCGCUACAUGCCGCAGGCGCUGUCAUGCGCUUGAGCACCUUCAUCACAAUCGUGCAGCACCGGCUGCCAAUAGACGUGCUCAAGGCGCUACUGGACUUCGGGGGCGUCAGCAUAGACUGGGGCCAGGCGCGGGAAGCCGCACUGGCCGCGAGUGAGCCUCAGGUGGCUGAGUGGCUGGCGGAGCAGCAGCGCGCCCGGGCAGAUGCAGUCGUGGCACUGCAGGCAGGGUAAGGGGAAGCACCGGUGGCGUGCACGACCGGCCGGCGGCCACCACGCGCAUGAGGAGUGGCGGCAUGAUGCAGCCGUCAUUCUCACACAGCGGUUGCCAGUACGUGACGAGGAAAGUAUGCCCAGUGUGUAUGUGCGUAGAUGACGGGAAAGGUAUGCCCCGUGCGUACCGCAUUGCAGACACGUGAGGGUCCAUAACCAGGUGGGUGGUGCCCGUGGGCAGUGGCGGCAUGCAGAGUGCAAGUGGCGAGCUGCGGGUGUUCACCUUGGAGCGCGAGGCACCGAAUGGCGUGUUGCGGAGACUGGCGGGAAGGCCCCUUGGCGGUGUUGGAUGGUGCUUAGCAUGUAUUUACUGGUGCGGGUAGAUGUAUGUGUGCUUGGGCGUCCAGUCAGCCGGCCUACCCGGCCACAUCCACGGUGUGUUGUUGCUGCAGCUGUUGUACAUUCGCGGAAAGGAAC